UUCUCUCAAGCUACUUCAAGAAAAGUAUAUAUAAAUGGAGAGAAAUCACAAGAAGGGCGGCCGCAUUCUGGUCGAGCGACAGCAACGCUUAUCGAUGCAGAACGGAAAUUGCUUCUACAUUAGAAACACGCAGACCCAGGUGCGUGAGGUCUUAUUUCGCACAGCGGACAAUUUGGGAGUGGAUCGAGGAUCCCUCAUCAAGGUCCCAGACAGAGAGACCCAGGCUCGAGAGCGCCAGCACAUGAACCAGCUGAACAGGCGGAUCAAGUAUGAAAUAGACCAGCUUAAGUUCUUACGCCGCAAUAUUAUACAAAACCCCGUCGAGUACAAAGCUUCAGAGUCGUAUAUGGAGCUGCACGAUAAGGAGUUCUCCGCGGAAGAGUCGUCGGAUGAGAGCCAAUCCUGUGACACUGGUGACCAGCGAAUAAUACAGACCCUGAGCUGUACAACCGUGUUACACACAAACAAGAGGUGCAAACGAGCUGAAGGUGGCUGCAAUUACAUACCCCGGCAGAGGAACAAGUGUCGCGACCUAGAGCCGCGAUCUGUACAUCAGUGUGAUUAUGGAAACAGCUCACGAUGUAUCGCCUGUUUUGCCGGUGCGCAGCAACAGCUUCAAGACGAUAACAACAACGCAUGCUGCACGCUGCAGCCAAGUGUAGAGUCGUAUAUGGAGCUGCACGAUAAGGAAUUCUCCGCGGAAGAGUCGUCGGAUGAGAGCCAAUCCUGUGACACUGGUGACCAGCGAAUAAUACAGACCCUGAGCUGUACAACCGUGUCCCACACAAACAAGAGGUACAAACGAGCUGAAGGUGGCUGCAAUUACAUACCCCGGCAGAGGAACAAGUGCCGCGACCUGGAGCCGCGGUCUGUAUAUCAGUGUGAUUAUGGAAACAGCUCAAGAUGUAUCGCCUAUUUUGCCGAUGCGCAGCAACAGUUUCAAGACGAUAACAACUACGCAUGCUGCAGGCUGCGGCCAAGUGUACCCAUACCUGUAGUGCCCAGUCCGUGCUGUCAGUAUCAGCCGAGCUGGGCGUGUGUCUUACCGGCUCCGUUCAAUCCGCGAACGACGACCGACCUGAACACUGAGGACUUCUGUCGCAGUUGGUGUGCCUGCGUCAUGCCCGACCGUGCGCAAAAACUAAAGCAUAGGAGCCACCGAGCUUCGGAGGACCCAUCCCGGUCGAAGAGCCGGAGCUCCUCAAAAGGUAGCAGAGCGGUGGAUGAAAAGAUACGCAGUAAGCUGAAGAAGAGCGGAGCCGCAAUCGACACCUCCUCGCUGGACCAGUACAAUGUCGAGAGUCACGAGAAGCUUCUGAAGGUCACAAUGCGGAAGGAAUCCAAGUCAAAAUCAUCCACACGCAGGCGGGGAUCGAAGUCCCAGGCAGUAGUGGGAAAACUCAAAACAGAAGGGAAGGAAAUAGACGAGCAAGCGGAUAACACCACCAAGGGCCAAAAGUUCUUCGAAUACAUGGACAAGUACGAGAACGAAAACGAAAACGGCGACGCCGGAAGUGAACAGGGAAAAGCAGGCGAGGGAUCCCAGCUGGAAUCGAAUCCCACCUACACUAGAAUCCCACAUAUAAAGCGGGAGCCCGGGGAAUCAAAGUAUGACGAAAUCGCUUUCACCCCUGAUAAAAAUAAGGAGUCGGCCUGUCUUGACUCUUGUCCAGCAGUGAAUUGUAAGCCCCCGCAAUCAGCAUAUGAGGAGAGAGGCGUCUGCGACAAGGAAAAAUGCGUUUGCGUUGGCCAGAAAGACAAAACGGAAGCAGAAUACAAAUACCAACACCCCGCACAGGAUGAUGGACGUGAACCGAAAUCGGGAGAAGAGGGAGUCUGUGUUGACUCUUGUCCAGGAGGGACUUUUAAGCCGCCGAAAUCCGCAUAUGACGAAGGGGUUCCAAUUUCCACAGCUGAUAAAAUAGCUGAGAGGGGCGAAGCCGUUUCCCACAAGGAAAAAUGCCCUUGCGUUACCCAGGAAGUCCAAACUGAUGAUGAAUUCGUCAAGAAAGAGACGAGGCUGACUCAAACGGAUCUGAAGUUGCUAGAGGAGCAACUCACCCAAACUGACCCCCAAGGGAGUCAACACGAGGGACCUGCGCAGACCGACAUGGGCGGCAGUCGCCUCGAUAUGCUCACCAAAAACGAUCUCCAGGGAAGUCAACAAGAGAGCGUUCCAAUUUCCAGACCUGAUGAAACAGAGCAAUCUGAACAAGAUGCAGAUGCAGAACACCGUAGCAACAGUCGCCGCUAUCCGGCUAAGCAGUGCCAGUGUAAGCCAGUGUCCUCCGGCCCCAGCCAACAAACGCAGGUCCUCGAGGAACCCAAAGAGCAACAGUACCUAGAUGACGACGAAGACAUUCCAGUUGGUACAGCGUGUCCCUUAAAAAAGUCUUCGCCAUUCUGUGAUCCAUUGCCUCCGGCGGCUAAGUGUGACCUUCAUCCAGCGGGAUGUUACUGUGACACCAACCAACCAAAGGUCGAGAAGCCAAAAACUUCCGGUAGAGCCAAGCAUACAGAGCGAUCUAGGAAGUCGUCGCCCACGAAUACCAAAUCCCAACAGAAAGGUCCCGACAAUACCAAGCAGUAUCAACAAUACGAGUCCACGUAUCAGUACAGCUACGGGCGCUCUGAGGAUGCAGAAAAUGUAGACAGCAGUGGUACUGGUACCACCAGUCAUAAUAUGGAUAAUAAACCGUCUAAGGUUCUCAACAAGAAGCAUGUUCAGGCACAUGGCUGUGACACUGAUUGCAGUGGGCGUAGUCUCUCCGGAUGCAACAUCUCCAUAGACAGCUACCUUGGGCCACAGGCAACGUCCUCGCGUCUUAUAAAUUAUCAGUACUCAAAUGGCAGCACAUAUAAUCCGCCCAACCAAUCACUAGUUCCAAGACUCCCAGCACUGUGUCAGUUGGCUGGCGCCUUCAACUGUGCCACAGCCGAUAAUGAUGCGUGUAAGCAAGUGGUGCCGAUUUAUGUCUGCGAGAAGCGUACACGCUCUGUCACCUUCGAGGAUGAGUGCGGGAAAGUGCGGGCGAUGCGCAAUAUUGCGGACAAUAUUCGAAGCAGAAUUGACUGGGAGCGGAUCGUAAAGACACGUAUGAGCCAGUCGGAUGGCGAUACCGACAGCACUAGUCAGUCGAACGCUGCCUUCGGAAGAAUGUAUUCCACCGAUGACAACAACGGCGGAUACUCUUGCCGAUCCAGCAACUCUGCCGCCACCGAGAUUACCUGCAUGGGGUCAGAAUACCAGACUGUAUACGGGGAAGACUUCAGCAACUACGAGGAUGAUUUAGGGUUGCCGCAAUUCGCACACUGCCCCUGCUUGCUCAGAACCUACGUCAGCCUGGCCUCCAUCUGCACGAACGACAGCCGAUCCAUUCUGCAGGAGGAGGAGGAGCAGAAGGAGUAA